UGUGGUGGGGGGCGUGUUCAGGUUUACGGUACGCCGAUGAUGCCGCGGAAACGAGGCGCCGCCAUAUUGUAGCUGCGCCCUCGCCUCCUCCUCUCGCUCCUCCUCCUCCUCUUCUCCUCCUCCGCCUCCUCGCCAAAAUGACCGGCCUGCCUCGGCGCAUCAUCAAGGAGACGCAGCGGUUGCUGGCGGAGCCAGUGCCGGGCAUCAAGGCGGAACCGGACGAGAGCAACGCUCGGUAUUUCCAUGUGGUGAUCGCGGGCCCCGCCGAUUCACCCUUCGAGGGCGGAACGUUCAAGCUGGAGCUCUUUCUGCCGGAGGAGUACCCGAUGGCGCCGCCCAAGGUUCGCUUCAUGACGAAGAUCUACCACCCCAAUGUGGAUAAGCUGGGGCGCAUCUGUCUGGACAUCUUAAAAGACAAGUGGUCGCCGGCGCUGCAGAUCCGCACGGUGCUGCUGUCGAUCCAAGCACUGCUGAGCGCACCCAAUCCAGACGAUCCCCUCGCUAACGACGUCGCAGAGCAGUGGAAGGUGAACGAGGCGCAGGCCAUCGAAACGGCCAGGGCAUGGACUAGACUAUACGCCAUGAACAAUAUCUAAGUCACCAAAACAUCGUCUUCGUCAGCGUCACCACACUUGAAGAAGCAGAUUGCGGUUUAACAGGAAAAAAAAAAUAAGCACGUCGAGGAAAUCUUAACAGCAGAAUAUAUUACAAAAGCAAACGACGGCGACUGCUGAACACGAGAGAGGAGUAUUCGCAGCGCAUCGGUGUUUUCUUAAGUUUGCGCUAAAAAUCUUCGUUUGCGGGGAAAACCUCCGCGCGGCAUCGCGCCGAUCGCUCGUCGUCUAUAACUCCUCGCCGGGCCUCGUGAGUCUGCCGAGGAGCUUCCGUGAGUAGUUCCGUGAGACUGCACGAUAACGUGUCCUUGUUAUCAUCCGUUUCUUUUUUUUGUUUGCGUUUUAUUAAAAUUUAUUUGUCUAGUUUUUUUUUUUUCCCCUCUCUGUCUCUAGCCCUUCCCGGUUCCUUGAGGAGUCCACCUGGCCCACACGUCCUCCCGUAUUCUCCACUGAUGUCUAACUCUGACCGUCUGGUCCAACCGCACACAAUGACAUAAUAGCUACACGCAACCAUAUACAACUGCGUACAAUUACACAUACAUCUACACGGAGCCAUACACAACCAAACGCACUCAUGCGCAAUCGCACAUGGCCGUACAUAGCAUACACAACCAUACACGGCUACACACAGCUUCACAUGUAGCUACAGAAAGCCACUUUGAAACCAUUACGCCUACACGCAACUACAGGGCCGUGCUAAACAACACACAAUUACAUGCGUACAACCAUAGAUGACCACAAACAACUACACACAACCACUCGCAAUCACUUGGAACCACAUACAGCCAUGCACACACCAGCACACUCCGCAUAAGUACACACACCAAAACAACAAUAAUAUACAGCAGCAGACAACCACCUCUCAAUAUAGAAACACACACGCAUUCCCAACGAUUUAUUGUAAAACCUCUGUCGUGACUCGUGACUCACAACCGCACAAAGCUACGCCUGAACCACUUACGGCCACCCACACAAACAAUACGGUGGAUCACCCAUUCAGCUAUAUAGACCAUAGGGGAAAAAUGUGGUCGGCGAGCACCUAUUAAAGCCAGCACGAUGCACGAACAUCACAGUGUGGCCAGCACCACGGCCGGCCACCUUUUCUCUCGCAGUGCUGAUAUGUUCACGACUGCACUCCACCACACCCUGUAUUCAUUUAAGGCUGAGUCGACCUUGGUCUGGAGAGGGGGCCGUGCAUUCCCACAGGUUCCCUAGAACUGACGUGCAUCUUGGCCAGGGGUUGAACCAGUUUCGUGGUGUUUGUAGGGCAGUGUCCUUUGAAGCCACUGUGCCACCAAUAGCACGGAAGGCUAAGAUGGGGGCUUAAUUUCGGCCAGGUCUGUCUGGGUCGGUGAUCAGGAAAAUAUUUACUCGCCUCGCCAACCACAUCAUUUAUACCUCUCGCUAUGACUGUGGCUACUCCUGGUCGAGCCACGUGCUACCUACUUCAGUCUGACCAGCGAUCCGGCAAAUAAUUAUUGAGACAAUAAGGUCCGUAAGUAAUCUUUUUCAAAAUCGUUGGCUGUGAGUUCGGUGACCCCCAAAUCUCUCAGCAUGAUCACCGCUGUCCUCCCACCUCACACCACCCUAGUUAGACUCCCUGUUUCUGGCGCCAGCUCCACCAGAACAAACGCCGUGUUUGCUAACAAUGGCGCUGACCAAAUGGGGAAGGUCACGAGCGCGUUUUUUGCGGUUUAUCAUGGGGCAUAUUUUUGCAAUCGUCGGCAGCAAGGGGCAUCGUCGUCGUCGGCGUUAUUAAUGUGACGAGUCAUAUUUUGUUUGUUUUUAAACAUUUCGACCGGCUGACGUAGCGCAUGUCGGCGGCGAAGGUGGCGCCUGUAUGAGCGGUCGACAGUUACGCGCGUGCGUGAUCGACGUUUCGUUUUCCGAGUUGGGCCCAGAGGGCCAUCACAUCCUGUUUUUGUGCGGCGGAAAGAGAAGAGGGAUGUCUCGGUGUUUGGACGUUGGGGCCGGGUGGCAGGCCAUUGGGGUUGGUGAAGAACAGGCGUGCAUGUGGAGAGAAGGAAUGUAGCUUUUCACGGUUGUGCUGUGUAAGGCUUCGAUGAGUUAUCAGUUUGUACCGCGUGUUGUUCGGCCACGACGUCCGACGUUUUGCUCCACGUGCCGGGAGCGUUCUUCAGGAACCGAAUUGUUCGAAACGGCGCACGGCACAACCCAAAAACAUGGGAGGGUGGGGAAUACCGCCACGGGGAGAGAAGGGGGAGGCACGUGGAGGGGGCGGCAGCAGGGGGAAGCGUGAAUAGGAAGCUUUGAGCCGGCCUGGUCCAGUGACCCAGUGACCUCCCUGCCCAUCAAUACUGCUUGUGUUCCAAAAACCUUGGGGCAGGGUAGAGCGGGGGGGGUGGGUUCAUCGCUCGCCCUCAUCCCCUCCUCGUGCCAUGCCCGGCGACUUGUUCGCAAACACGCCAGGAAUAAAACAUUUCCCGUGGCUACGGUGGAGUUUGUGCUGUCACCAAGCGAGCGGAGGGAAAGGGCUUUGCAGCCGUGGGUUCGUGGGGAAAUUACCAUUUCACAAAAAAAAUUAGGGUCAUCGGCAAAAUUUAAUUAUCGUUUUAGUUUAAUUUGCCUGCCUGCCUCGCGCACACCCUGAAGUGCAGACGGGAAUGCCGGCGAGUGGCUGCGCCCCGCGGCGAAAGCGGUGGAGUUUGGCGGCACAAUUCGGUCCUUCGAGGUCUUCGGUCGAACUCGCCGUAGAUCCACGAAGCCCCCUGCCCCUGCCUAUUCCUGCUGCCCCCCCCCCCACCCACAUGAUGUCCUGUACAGUAAAAACCAGAUGCCGUUCAAGGAUUAAACGAAAAACACAAAAAAAAGAUAAAAUAGGAAAACAAUUAAAAAUCUAAACAAAACAGA